AUGGAGGCGAUCGUCUACGGGAAGAAGUUCAGGAAAGGUCAAUUCCCUGAGAUCAUAACCUGUCCACAUGAAAUGGUGGCUUUAUCGAUGGCCGAUGGGUUCGCUCGACUAACCGGCAAGCCCCAGGCGGUCAUCGUGCAUGUCGAUGUGGGAACUCAAGCUCUGGGCUGUGCAGUUCACAAUGCCUCGGCCGCAUACUGUCCGGUUCUUAUUUUCGCGGGCCUUUCGCCUUGCACCAUUGAUGGUGAACUGCCCGGGUCUCGGACGGAGUAUGUGCAUUGGCUGCAGGAUGCCAAGGAGCAACGCCAGAUUGUCUCGCAAUAUUGUCGGUAUACCGGGGAGAUCCGCACGGGCAAGAAUGUCAAGCAGAUGGUAGGCCGGGCGAUGCAGUUCGCAACGAGCGACCCGCCUGGACCGGUGUACCUGACGGCAGCGCGAGAGGUGCUGGAAGAAAAGAUGGAGCCCUACACAAUUGAUCAGGCUCAUUGGGGAGCCGUGUCGCCCACCGCGCUGCCGCAGAACGGGGUGGAGACGAUUGCCACCCUCCUGGUCCACGCCCAGCGUCCUCUGAUCAUUGUCGGGCACUCGGGCAGAGAUCAUCAGGCAUUGCCUGCGCUGGUUGACCUCGUUGACAUGGUGCCUGGGGUGCGCGUCUUGGACUGCCUGGGGAGUGAUGUGAGCUUCCCCUUCACCCACCCGGCUUCCUUGGGGUUGGGAAUCGGAGGCCACGAAGUCAUCCCCACGGCCGACUUGAUCCUGGUCGUUCAUGCGGCGGUCCCGUGGAUUCCCGUUCUCUGUCGUCCCUCCCAGCAGGCCACGAUCGUGCACAUCGACAUCGACCCCCUGAAGAACAACCUCAACCUGUGGUAUAUCAACGCUUCGAAGACCUACCGUGCAGAUGCCGCCACGGCCUUUCGACAAUUACACUCGUACAUCGCGAGCACCGAAAGAUUUACCCCGAUCCUCGCAUCGGCCGAGUAUCUCAACCGUGGUGCAGCUACCAAGAACGCGCACCAUGAGCGGCUGGCCGCCCUCGCCCUCGCAGCUGCAGACCUCGAGAACCCGCUAGCUCUCAUCAACAGCCAUUAUCUCGGCCGCCGUCUGCGUGAGACACUACCGCAAGAUACCAUCUGGUGCCUCGAGACCGUCACCAAUGCGAUGCCCAUCACCAAUCAGCUGCAGGUGGACGCCCCGGGACAUCUGGUCAACUGCGGCGCUGGCGGACUCGGCUGGUCGGGGGGCGCUACCCUGGGCGUCAAGCUGGCGUCCGAUUACCUGGCGGGUGGGAAUGGCAAGGGCAGGUUUGUGUGUGAGAUUGUAGGGGAUGGAACGUAUAUGUUUGGUGCUCCGGGGACAGUCUACUGGAUCGCUCGCCGGUACAAUCUGGCGACUCUCACCAUCGUUCUCAGUAACAACGGAUGGAACGCUCCUCGCAACUCCCUGGAGCUGGUACACCCCACCGGGCUGGGAUCGCAGGUGAACAAUCUGGAUCUCAACAUCUCGUUCAGUCCCACCCCGGAUUUUGCCGGCAUCGCCAAAGCCGCAGCAGGCCACCAAGCUUGGGCCGGGGUUGCGGGCAAUGCAGAACAGUUCGAACAGCUCUUGCCUCAGGCAGUGGAAAGCGUGAUGAAGGGCGUUCUGGCGGUGUUGGAGGUCCGGUUAAGCAAGUCCUGGCAGGCUGCCGAGCUGGUGUCGCGGCUGUAG